AUGGGAGCACUGCAUUAUUUCCUUGGGAUUGAAGUGGCACGUUCACGGCAAGGCAUAGUACUUUCACAACGCAAAUAUGCACUGAAGGUGCUUGAAGAUGCUGGAUUCUUGGGGGCCAAGCCAUCCAAAUACCCCAUUGAUCAGAACCUGGUCUUAACUAAAGAUGAAGGAGUUUUGUUACAAGAUGCCUCUCAGUAUAGAAGACUCGUUGGUAGGCUCAUUUACCUAACGAUUACCAGACCUGAUCUAGUUUAUGCAGUACACAUCCUAAGUCAAUACAUGGACAAGCCUCGGCAACCACAUCUUGAAGCUGCUUAUCGAGUUUUGAGAUAUGUCAAGAACACACCAGGGCAGGGAAUUUUAUUGCCUUCUCAUGGACGCAUAGAACUUACGGCCUAUUGUGAUGCUGAAUGGGCGAGAUGUAGAGAUACUAGACACUCUACAACUGGAUACUGCUUGUUUCUAGGCAAGGCACCGAUUUCUUGGAAGAGUAAGAAGCAAGGAACUGUUUCUAGAUCGAGUGCAGAAGCAAAAUAUAGAUCAAUGGCUACCACAUGUUGUGAGAUCACCUGGAUAUUAGCAUUGUUACGUGAUUUACAUGUUGAUCACAAAGAAGCAGUCCAGCUCUUUUGUGACAAUAAGGCAGCAAUCCACAUUGCUUCAAACCCUGUGUUUCACUAG